AAAGCGAUUAAUCAAAUUACGGUUCAAUUUUGUAAAAUCGAUUAAACCGGGUAGUUCGCAACUUUCUCUUUGCUUCUUCUUCUCUCUGUCGUGUUUGAGAAGACGGAAGAGUCGGAGAAAAAGAUCGGAGGAUGAGUGCCGAAGAUUUCCAGAAGAAGGUCUCCAUCAGAGAUUCCCUCGCCGGAGAAAUCGAAAUCGAACGCGGCGUUUCCGGCGACGGGUCUACUAGUUCCACGGUAGGCUCCGGCGUCGCCUCGCAAACCCUGGUUCUGCUUCGGAGUCUGCUGGAGAUUCAGCAGCGUCGAGCUCAGGCUUACACUAAGCUCAAAAGUGGAUUCGCAGAGUAUGUGGAGUCUGGUGCUGAACCACUUUAUCAGACGCUGUGCAGCGAGAUUACAACGGAGUUCAGUGAAUGUUCCAAACAAGUGCGCGAAAUGGAAUCUCAGUUUCUGAAUCCACAAGUCGGUAGAGCUGAUCUUGCUCAACUUCUCAGCGACAUUCAAACUCAAGAGAAGCAGAAAUUGCAUCUGACCGUCACAAUACAGGUGCUGAAGAAGGCAGGGAGACCGUCAGAACGAAUGCUGACACAUGAGAACUGCAAAUUCAAGAAACCAAUGCAGCACGAGUGUGUGCAUCUUCAUGAGAUUACUGAAGCUGCAGGAACAGAGGAAGCAGAAGCGGAUGCAGAGUUUGAUAACGCUUUAAAGGAGGCCAUUAGAGGAGUGCAAGACGCUGUGACUAGCAUCAAUGAGUAUUUGGAAGACAUUCGACAUUAUGGGAUUAUUUUUUCAGUCAAUCAAGUGGCUAGUGGUUACAAAAGCAAAUCCCUAACUGCAUCAAACCAAGGUAUUGCAAAUGCUUUUGGUUUAGCUCUUGCUGAGAAGCAAUUGGCUGCUAGAAAUUUAACAAACCUGAUGAUGAGAUUGUUGACCACUACACAUCGUAUUUUCAGGCCUACGACGACUACGCUCCAUGUCUAUGGUGUUGCUGCUAAGCAUGUUGUUAAGAGCAUGGUUCUUGGAUUUGCAUUCCACAUAGUUUGUUGUUGUUCACGUAAAUGUUUGGAUCGUUCAAUCUGUCUAGCUGAGGACUCUCAGGGAUUCUACCUUGAAGCUGUACAAGUUGAGAGGCAAAAGAACUCACGUGUCAAGGAUUACAUCAGCAAGGACACUUGGCCUGAUAUGUCAUUCUUCAUGGCAACAUCAAACAAAUUUACGAUGGCUGAUAUCAGUGUUGGAAUUGUUUAUUUGGAAGAAGAUUUGAAGAGCUUCCGUCAAUGGGGAAGUAAGACUCCAGAACAAACUGGUUAUGGAUUCUCAGAAUAUGUGAAGUCUGGAGCUGAAGCACUUUAUCAGAAGCUGUACAGCGAGAUUACAACGGAGUUCAGUGAAUGUUCCAAACAAGUGCGCGAAAUGGAAUCUCUGUUUCUGAAUCCAGAAGUCGGUAGAGCUGAUCUUGCUCAACUUCUCAGCGACAUUCAAACUCAAGAGAAGCAGAAAUUGCAUCUGACCGUCACAAUACAGGUGCUGAAGAAGGCAGGGAGACCGUCAGAACGAAUGCUGACACAUGAGAACUGCAAAUUCAAGAAACCGAUGCAGCACGAGUGUGUGCAUCUUCAUGAGAUUACUGAAGCUGCAGGAACAGAGGAAGCAGAAGCGGAUGCAGAGUUUGAUAACGCUUUAAAGGAGGCCAUUAGAGGAGUGCAAGACGCUGUGACUAGCAUCAAUGAGUAUUUGGAAGACGUUCGGUACGAGAUUGAAGAAGCUCAUUAAUUCUAAUCCAUCACUUCUUUACCCUUUUACAGUAAACUUGCAGUGUUAAAACUUUGUUAAUUAGCUUAAGAUAUAAGAUAUUUUUUGAUAUUGUGAAAUGUGAAAAUGGAAUUUUUUUUUCCUCAAAUAUAUGUGUUUUGGUAAGCAGACAUUAUGGGAUUAUUUUUUCAGUCAAUCAAGUGGCUAGUGGUUACAAAAGCAAAUCCCUAACUGCAUCAAACCAAAUUUUCUCUGCUUCUUUUGGAUCUUUGUAAUAUAGCAUUGUUUGUAUU